AUGGUGUUAGUGCCUCAAGCAGGCGCACUCGCCCCAUUCCCACUCCCCGGAUCCCCGCGCAACCUUCAUGUCUGCACCGCCGCAGCCUCCCCUCCAAAGGGAGGCGGCGGGCUGUCCCUCUACGCGAACCUCCUUGAGUCCUCUGGCGACGCAUCCGCCACUAUAUCUGGCGGCCCCGUUCUCUACGGAGACGCCCCGGAUACACAGUCGGUCAAGAAGGCUAUAGAUCCAGCCCUUCGAUUCCAGCCCAUAAGAAGACCGCAAGUAAAGCAAAAGCCAAAACCUUCCUUCCCCAAAACCAUCCCUGGCGCCCUUCCGUCUAAGGCCAACCCGGGUGUUGAGCCCACUGGCCGAGAAGCGCCAAAGGGGGGCAGGAAGAAGAAGAAGAAGUGGACGACGCAGAUGGAGACUGACUGGGAUGAAAUCUAUGAUCCAUCCCGGCCAACCAAUGUGGACGAAUACCUCAAGAGCGACGAACGUAUCCAGGAGAUACACGAGUGGAAGGAUUUGCUAUAUCGGCACCGUAAGGGCAAAGAAGAAGAUUUGUCCUCGGACAGCGACGACGACCAUCGCAGCCGGCCAAUGCCCAGCCAGUUUGCUCCUCCUCCAAGCUACGCUUUCGCGCCUCCGCCACCCCCUUCACCACCUCGAGCGCCUGCUUCAGUUCCCGACGACCGGUCCGGCGAUGACGCCUACGCACGCCGUCUAGCCAUGUCUCAAGGCAUACCCCCUCCUUCUGCAUCUGCCCCGCCACCUCCCCCUCCUACCGGAGAACAAGGCGCGACCAUAUCUCGCGCUCCCGUGCGAUACAACAACCCACCCCCACCUCAAGCGCGCGAUGCGGAACACCUUGAAGAUGACGAGGAUGACGACGACGACGACGACGAGCAAGGAUUCCGACCAUCCCUCGGCUUAGGCGCAUCUUCCACGCCAGCCGACGGCGGAGAGCAGGGCGGAGACGGCAGAAUCCGGCAUCAUCACCCGCUUCGCGUCCAGGUCGAGAAGCGCAAGAAAAAAGCGGAUGCGGACGGCGGUGGCUGGGCCGAGCCCAGCGCACGCUCCAAGAUACUCGGCGGGAAUCGCAAGCUACCGCAAGGGCGCGAUGCCGACGACGGCUUCGGCGCCAUGAGCGAGGUCAUCGUUCUCCGAAACAUGCUCGAGGGCAUGGAGGACCUGCGCGGCGAGAUUUCCUCUGGCCUUGGCCAAGAAAUCGGCGAGGAGUGCGGCGACAAGUACGGUCGCGUGGAACGCCUUUACAUUGAUAUCGACACGAAGCAGGUCUUUAUCAAGUUUACUGACCAAGUCUCCGCCUUGAGGGCUGUAAAUGAGUUAAAUGGCCGCGUCUUCAAUGGCAACCCAAUACAGGCCAAAUUUUACGACCCUGAAAAGUUCGAAAAGGCAGAGUACAACUAA